GGAAACCAACUCCCUCCAAAAUAGAGAUUUUAGGAACGGCCUACUUCCCUUUUCUUUGUAAAGAGGAGAGAGACAUAAAAGGUUCUUGAAGCCUAAGGAGUGACCACAGGGAGUGUUAGUAGAUGUUCUUCAUCAACUAUGGAGACUGCUUUGCAUUUACAGAGAUAUCUCGGAGCAAGAAACUUCUGUGAGGGAAGAACUCGCUUAGAGGCUAAACCAUCGAAUGAGUUACUAUUUAUUGGGAGAGGCAAUUCAUCUUUACGAUUGUCUCCAUGGAGAAAGGAUUGUACAGCAAUUGGGGUUUCACAUCGUAUCAUUGCAGGUUCAGAUUCCCCAAGGAGGAGACCAAGAAAAGGCCAGACUUCAAGGCCAAAUGUCCCGGCUUCAAAGGGUUUAGUGCCAAAAUCACGAGUUGGAACAAGUACCCAGAAGAGAGAGAAAAGUGACAAUGAACACAGAAAAAAACCAGCACAAACCAAAGUUGGUUCAGGUGACGAUCGUGACAUUGAAUAUGCACCAGGAAAGUAUCUGGAGAGAAGGGUUCAUAUUGAAAAUGAGGUUGACAGCAUUGUAUUGAGAAGCCAAAUGUUGGGUGCACUGAUAAAUGAUGAAACAGAGGGAAAUGGAAGAAUUACCGGGACAGACGAUGAUGUAACUGAGACACCAACUCCAGAAAGAUUUUUUGAGAGUAAAAAGGAUGAGGUGGAUGGAUCACUGUUUAUAAACAAGCAUUUGGAUGUGGUUAGGAGUGACACUGAAGAUGAAGCUGAAGGAGUUAGAUUGACGAGGCAACUGUUUGGUGGGGUUAAAAGUGAUGAAACAGAGGAAGAUGGAAGAGCUUCUUUUGUAGGUGGAACACUAUCAACAAGAAGAAAGUCUUUGAAUGUAGUUAAGAAUGAUAGUGAGAAAAGUAGAACUUUUGCUGAAACUGAUAAGCAUAUAGAAAAAACUGGAAAGGAAAAACCUGAACUGCUUUAUCACCGUGAAACUUCAUUGCCUCAUGAGCCAGAGAUGGAAGAGUAUUCAGUUAAAAAGUUGGAGCUGAACGUUGUUAUGCACAGGAGGGUGCUUGAGAACCUAGCUGAGGAGAACUUUUCAAGAGGGUAUAAAAUGUUUGUUUAUCCUCAGGUAGUGAAGCCUGGCCAAAAAAUAGAAUUUUUCCUAAAUCGAAGUCUCUCUACGUUAAAAGAUGAACGAGAUGUUCUGAUCAUGGGAGCCUUUAAUGAUUGGAGAUGGAAACAAUUCACAAUAAGGUUGAAAAAAACUAAUCUUAAUGGAGAUUGGUGGUAUUGCCGGCUUUAUGUUCCCAAGGAAGCAUACAAGAUUAAUUUUGUGUUCUUCAAUGGGGGUGAUGUUUAUGAUAAUAAUGAUAACAAAGAUUUUUUUAAAUAUGUGGAAGGCGGAAUGGAUGCCAUGGCUUUUGAAGAUUUCUUGCUUGGAGAGAAACGAAAGAAACUUGAAAGACUUGCUGCAGAGCAAGCUGAAAGGGAAAGACAAGCAGAAGAGGAGCAGCGAAAGGUAGCAGAAAGGGCUGCAAGAAAAGCUGACAAGGCACAGGCUAGGAUGGAGGUUGGAAAGAGACGGGAAGCUGAACGUCAAUUAAUGAAGGCGGCUGUAAGGUCUGUUGAUAAUGUUUGGUAUAUAGAACCUUAUCAGUAUAAAGGUGGAGACCUGGUCAUCAGAUUAUUCUACAACAGGGGCUCGGGUCCUCUUGUUCAUGCUAACCAGCUUUGGAUCCAUGGAGGGCACAACAAUUGGAAUGAUGGUGUGAGUAUCACUGGAAGACUUGUCCACUCUGCGCGAACAGAUGCUGACUGGUGGUAUGUUGAUGUUGUUCUACCUGAUCGAGCAGUCAUCUUGGAUUGGGUUAUUGCUGAUGGACCUCCCAAGAAUGCCUAUGUGUAUGAUAACAACCACCUUCAGGAUUUUCAUGCUAUCGUUCCAAAGCGCAUACCUGAAGAACUGUAUUGGUUUGAAGAAGAGAACAAGAUAUAUAACAAACUUCAGGAGGAGAGAAGGUUAAAGGAAGUGGCAAUACAUAUUAAGGCUGAAAGAACAGAGCGCAUGAAAUCUGAAACAAAGUCAAGAACUAUACAAAAAAUUUUGUUGUCUCAAAAGCAUAUAUUCUACACUGAGCCAGUUGAUGUCCAAGCAGGAAGUACUAUGACAGUUUUUUAUAAUCCUUCACGCACAGUUCUGAAUGGAAAACCUGAAGUUUGGUUUAGAGGCUCAUUCAACCAUUGGACCCACCGUAAUGGUCCAUUACCACCUCAAAGAAUGUUGCCUACUUAUGGUGGUUCACUUGUCAAAGCCACUGUUAAGGUUCCAUUGGAUGCGCACACGAUGAACUUUGUCUUCUCUGAGAGUGAAGAUGGUGGGAUUUAUGACAACAAAAAUGGGAUGGACUACCAUGUACCUGUCUUUGGAGGAGUUGCAAAGGAGCCACCAAUGCAUAUUGUGCACGUGGCUGUUGAAAUGGCCCCAAUUGCAAAGGUGGGAGGCCUUGGAGAUGUUGUCACAAGCCUUUCUCGUGCUGUUCAAGAUUUAGGCCACAAUGUUGACAUAAUUCUACCAAAGUAUGACUGUUUGAACCUUAGCAAUGUAAAGGGUUUUCAAUUCAGUUGGAGCUAUCACUGGGGUGGAACUGAAAUAAAAGUUUGGUAUGGGAAAGUAGAAGGCCUUUCUGUCUACUUUUUGGAGCCUCAAAAUGGACUUUUUUGGACAGGUUGUGUAUAUGGUUGCGGAAAUGAUGCAGAAAGGUUUGGUUUUUUUUGCCAUGCAGCUCUUGAGUUUCUCCUCCAAGGUGGAUGGAAUCCUGAUAUUUUACAUUGUCAUGAUUGGUCUAGUGCACCUGUUGCCUGGUUAUUUAAGGACCAUUAUAUGAAUUGCGGUCUCAGUAGAGCUCGUGUAGUCUUCACCAUUCAUAACCUCGAAUUUGGAGCUGAGUUUAUCGGAAAAGCAAUGGCUUUCUCAGAUAAGGCUACAACUGUAUCUGGCACUUAUUCAAAAGAGGUUUCAGGAAAUCCAGCGAUUGCCCCUCACCUCCACAAAUUCCAUGGUAUUUUAAAUGGAAUAGAUCCAGAUAUCUGGGAUCCAUACAAUGAUAAAUUUAUUCCUAUUUCUUACACCUCAGAAAAUGUGGUAGAAGGUAAAAGGGCUGCAAAGGAAGCCUUACAACAAAAGCUUGGUUUGAAGAGAGCAGAAGUUCCUUUAGUAGGAAUCAUCACUCGCUUGACUGUUCAGAAAGGAAUUCAUCUUAUCAAGCAUGCAAUCUGGCGCACACUUGAGCGCAAUGGACAGGUUGUAUUGCUCGGUUCAGCUCCGGACCCUUCCAUACAAAAUGAUUUUGUCAACUUGGCAAGUCAUUUGCACUCUACACAUGGCGACCGUGUGCGCCUUUGUUUAACCUAUGAUGAACCUCUUUCACACUUGAUAUAUGCAGGUGCUGAUUUCAUUUUAGUCCCCUCAAUUUUUGAGCCUUGUGGACUGACACAACUUACAGCAAUGCGAUAUGGUUCAAUACCUGUUGUUCGUAAAACAGGAGGGCUUUAUGAUACCGUAUUUGAUGUUGACCACGAUAGCGAGAGAGCUCAAGCGCAGAGUCUUGAAAUAAAUGGAUUUAGUUUUGAUGGAGCUGACAAUGAGGGUGUAGAUUAUGCUCUCAAUAGAGCAAUCACCGCCUGGUAUGAUUGUCGGAAUUGGUUCAACUCAUUGUGCAAGACAGUGAUGGAACAAGACUGGUCCUGGAACCGACCUGCUCUAGACUACAUGGAACUCUACCACGCAGCUCGCAAGUGAGGCCGGCCAAACUUGUGCAUGGACUAAAAGGAGCAACUAUAUCUAAUUCAAUGGAUUGGUUUGUAUAGGCCAAAAGUAUGUUACAUAUUUUGGUUUUAUCAUGUAGUACAGAUGGCUAUAAGCUAGUUAUUCUGUAGUCGUUUGUUAAUUUUCAUCCAUUUGUAGUGGUUGUUUAGAAUAAUAAGAUAAAGUACGAUAAUGUAGUUCAGAGGAGCCAUUAGUCUUGAAUGAAAAUUGAAAUAUUCAUUGCUAUCUUUUACAUUUAAUAAAAGUGGUGCAGUCUUUCCCUGCUGA